AUGGAAGAACAGCAGCCGGAACCUAAAAGUCAGCGCGACUCCGGCCUCGGCGCGGCGGCGGUGGCGGCGGCCCCGGGCAGCCUCAGCCUGAGCCUCAGCCCCGGCGCCAGCGGCAGCAGCGGCAGCGAUGGAGACAGCGUGCCGGUGUCUCCGCAGCCCGCGCCCCCCUCGCCGCCCGCGGCGCCCUGCCUGCCGCCCCUGGCCCACCACCCGCACCUCCCCCCACACCCCCCGCCCCCGCCGCCGCCGCCGCCGCAUCUGGCGGCGCCUGCUCACCAGCCGCAACCCGCGGCCCAGCUGCACCGCACCACCAACUUUUUCAUCGACAACAUCCUGAGGCCGGACUUCGGCUGCAAAAAGGAGCAGCCGCCGCCGCAGCUCCUGGUGGCGGCGGCGGCCGGAGGAGGCGCAGGAGGAGGCCGGGUCGAGCGCGACAGAGGCCAGACCGGCGCAGGUAGAGACCCUGUCCACCCGCUGGGCACGCGGGCGCCAAGUGCCGCGUCGCUCCUGUGCGCCCCGGAUGCGAACUGUGGCCCACCCGACGGCUCCCCGCCAGCCGGCGGCGGCGGCGCGGGCGCCUCCAAAGCUGGGAACCCGGCGGCGGCGGCGGCGGCAGCGGCAGCAGCGGCCGUGGCAGCGGCGGCGGCGGCGGCAGCAGCGGCCAAGCCUGCGGACAGCGGCGGCGGCGGUGGAGGAGGCGUGGGGAGCCCAGGAGCGCAGAGUGCCAAGUACCCGGAGCACGGCAACCCCGCCAUCCUGCUUAUGGGCUCAGCCAACGGCGGGCCCGUGGUCAAAACUGACUCGCAGCAGCCCCUCGUGUGGCCUGCCUGGGUCUACUGCACGCGCUACUCGGAUCGUCCGUCCUCCGGUCCGCGCACCAGAAAGCUGAAGAAGAAGAAGAACGAGAAGGAGGACAAGCGGCCGCGGACGGCGUUCACGGCCGAGCAGCUGCAGAGACUCAAGGCGGAGUUCCAGGCGAACCGCUACAUCACGGAGCAGCGGCGGCAGACCCUGGCCCAGGAGCUCAGCCUCAAUGAGUCCCAGAUCAAGAUUUGGUUCCAAAACAAGCGCGCCAAGAUCAAGAAGGCCACAGGCAUCAAGAACGGCCUGGCGCUGCACCUCAUGGCGCAGGGACUGUACAACCACUCUACCACCACGGUCCAGGACAAAGACGAGAGCGAGUAG